AAAUAACAUUAUUAUUAUUAUAAAUAAAUGAAUGGCAUGUCCUAUAUUUAGAUAUUUAAAAAAAAUAAAAAAAAAAUAAUUUAAUUGUGUUGAAAUUAUGAAUGGCCUAAAAUUGUUUUUGCUUAUUUAAUAACUACCUUCCCUUCAUUCUUUCUUUCACUUUUAAAUUUUUAAAUUUUAUUUCUUGUCGAGUUUUCUGAGUCGAAUCAGCUUGACUCGGUUGGUGGUGGUUUUCAAUUCUAAUCAUCUAUGGCGAGCGAAGAAGAAGAAGAAGAAGAAGAAGAAGCCAUUAAUGGUGGUUUAUCAUUAUCAUUAUCAUCAUCAUCAUCACCAGAGGAUCUCCCACCUUCCCCAAAAAACAAGUUCAAAUUUUUAUGUAGCCAUGGUGGAAGAAUCUUACCCAGACCUGCCGACGGCCACCUCAAGUACGUCGGCGGUGAGACCCGAGUCAUUGCCGUUCCUCGCCAUAUUUCUUUCUCAGAGUUAAACAAGAGGCUUUCAGAUAUGAUCAAGGAAGGAGAUAACAACAACAACAACAACAACAACAACAACAUGGUACUUAAAUACCAAUUGGGUUUUGAAGAUCUUGAUGCAUUAGUCUCAAUAAGAACAGAUGAAGAUUUAAAGCACAUGUUAGAUGAGUAUGAUCGUCAAUUAGAGACAAUUGAAGGCUCACCAAAGCUUCGUAUUUUCUUAUUCCCAUCAUCACCACAACAACAACAUUCUACAAUAGACUCUCAUAACAACAACAACAACAACAACUCAAUUGAACAACGUUAUAUUGAUGCCAUUAAUGGUGUUGUUCGUAUAAACAAAACCAACAAACAACAACAACAACCUCCCAAUAUUGUUACCACUUUCACCAUUUCAGCUUGUUCUUCACCAAACUCAAACUCCCCUGAUUUUCAAGCCAUUAAUGAAGGACAUGAGAUCAUGUUUUCUUCGAAUAAUUGUAACAAUUUGCAUAGGGUUCAAAGUUCUCCAAGUCUCUAUCGUUCAAAUAGUCCUCAAUGGAUUAAUAGUGGUUAUAUUCCUCAAGCUUAUCACUAUGGUCUUCCUCAACAAAAUUACCUUUUGGAUCUUCAAAAGGCUGCAGCUAGUGAGCGACUCGCCCCGGCGUUGUCCAUGGCUAGAGGUGAGUUUAGAAGAGGAGUUUUUGGUCAUGGUGGUGGUGGUGUUGUUAGGCAUGAUUUUUGUGGUUAUGGUACUAAUAAUUUUCAUGGGAUUGAUCAUAGAGAUGAUGUUAGUCAUCCUAAGAGUCCUAGAAAGAAAUUUUGGGAGUAGAUUCUUUGUUUUGUCCCUUUUUUGUGUGUGUGUGUAUAUAGAUUGUUAUUUCUUUGUUUUGAUUUUGUGUUUGUUAAAGUUUUUGUGUGAUAUUCUAUGUGGUGUUAUGUUGAAUCAAUUCCAUUAAGGAAAAUGGUGUGUUUGGUGAGUUUGGAUCACAAGCACAAUGUUCCUAAUA